CACAGAAUUCCAGCCUGAGUGAUCUCACAGGGCUCAGCUGGACCAAGGGAGUUAGUGGAGAUACAUAGUGAACAAAACUGUCAUAGCAAAUCUAAGAGGGAUGUUUAUUCCAUGGACCAUUCAGCAUUUUGAAGACAAAGAAUUUGUAUGCCAUCCCCUUCUUCCCCCACACGUUUGUGCCAAGACGGGCGUCUCACAUCAGGGAGAUGAAUAGCAGGUCUGUUUCAGCAGCUGUGCUCUCUUACCCAGAGAAAGCAUUAUAGAGUCCCUGGGACUGCAGAGUCCCAAGCUACUGUGCAGUCUGCAGAAGGCUGAGGAAGAGACCUAAGGGCAAAAGGAUGGCAUCAGAAGGGGAAAUCAUCAACCUUCAAGUGGGGAAUCCUGGCUCAAGGAGGGACAAUCCAAUCAACAUCAACCACUAUGCAACUAAGAAGAGUGUGGCAGAAAGCAUGCUGGAUGUGGCGCUGUUCAUGGCCAAUGUCACACAACUCAAAGCGGUGCUGGAGCAGGAGGUUUCAUUCCAGUAUUAUGCCACCCUGAUAUCGCUCAUCAGCAUCUCUCUCUUCUUCCAGGUGGUGAUUGGAAUUCUUCUUAUCAUCAUUGCUCGGCUGAACCUGAAUGAUGUGUCAAAGCAGCACCGCCUGAACGUGCUCAAUAAUGUUGCCACGGCUCUGAUCUUCAUCACCGUCAUCCUCAACAUCUUCAUCACCGGCUUUGGUGUGCAGAAGACUGGUCUCUAGGCCUGGAGAGCAAGGGAAUCAGGUUGUGUGUGUGGCACCAGCUUUAGGGUCCCUUCCUUCAAUUUUUUACUGACCUCAGCAGAAUCCUACCAGCUGAGUGGAGACACAGAAUGCCUGAAUUACUCUUUAAAAAUUGUUUGUAAAGUAUUUUAUGCAGGUUGUUUGUAUAAAGCAUGUGUAGCUUUGCAGGAAUGAAAUUUCCAUUGAUUUUUCAACGCUAGUGCAAGUUGUGCAGUGAUUUCUAGAGAGCUUCACAAAAAGUUGCAAAAAAGCAUUUUCCAAACAUGCUCCUGUGCAUAGGUAACAACAACUUUUCUUUAAUUUUAAUUCUCUGCUUCUCAUAUUCAAUAUUAACUAAUUUUCUACAGGGGGUUGAGUUCUAGACUGAGUUAUAUUUAUUUGGUAAGCAAAAGUAACCAUACCGUGUCCAGAUAUUUUGUAACGGCAACAUUUAAAGUAACACUAUCAAACAGCUUAUGUCUCAAAUAUAGGUUGGUUGAUUGAUUGUUUUUGUGGGAGGAAAGGAGCGGGUGUGUGUGUGUUAUGACUACUAAUAGGAAUAAAAAUGUUUUCUUCAAGGUUGCUUAAAAAAAUCAAAUGAGAUGCUUUUUUGAAAACCAUUAAAUAUUCCUCUGCAGUGCAGGAAACCUAAACCCCACAGCAAAUAGAUACUAUGCUUAGAUACCACCACAAGGACCUUGUUAGAAAUCCUCUAUGGAUAACAUGGCGGUACUGUAGGAGAAAUAGGAAAUGAAGCUCACUAAACACA